AUGGCCACAAGAAGCAACAUGGUGGACCGGCAGGGCUGCGACCCCGGCACUCGUUUCCUGGUCCCCCCUCGGGUUGGCCACUGGGUGGCGCUGCUGCAGAGAGGCAACUGCACCUUUAAAGAGAAGAUCCUGAAAGCGGCAGCCUACAACGCCACGGCCGUCCUCAUCUACAACAACUCCACCGACGAGACGGUCAAGAUGGGACACGAAGGGACCGGUGACACGGUGGCGGUGAUGAUCACGGAGGCAUACGGUAAAGAGAUCCUGGCUCACUUGGAGAGGAACCUAACGGUCCUGGUGUCAGUGGUGGUGGGUCAACGCGGUCCCACCAAAAACAUCAACCGAGGCUCGCUGGUCUUCGUCUCCAUCUCCUUUAUCGUCCUCAUGAUCAUUUCGUCGGCCUGGCUCAUCUUCUACUUCAUCCAGAAGAUCCGCUACACCAGCGCCCGCGACCGCAGCCAGCGUCGUCUUGGUGAUGCAGCGAAGAAAGCUAUCGGGAAGUUGACCACAAGGACGGUGAAGAAAGGAGACAAGGAGACGGAUCCAGAUUUCAACCACUGUGCAGUGUGUAUUGAAGCGUACCAGCUGAACGAUGUGGUUCGGAUUCUGCCCUGCAAACAUGUCUUCCAUAAAAUGUGUGUGGACCCCUGGCUGAACGAGCACUGCACCUGUCCCAUGUGUAAACUCAACAUCCUCAAAGCUCUGGGCAUCAUGACCAGUCUUCCCUGCGUGGACAGCGUGGUGUUGGACGUGGAGCGUCUGGGCGUCAGUCAGGCGUCCGGCAGCCAGAGGGCACCGCUGAGCGACAGCAACCAGCCGUCCAUCAGCCUGGCGCCGCUCAGUCCCCCCCACGCUGAAGCCACGCCCAGAACACCUGCUGACAUCACCAUCGCCGUGACCAGCGGCGGCCAUUUCUUUAACAGGAACUCGAUGUCUCCUCGUAGCGUCGUCUGUGAGAUGGAGCUGCCGGACAUCCAGGCCUCACUUGACCUCUACGACGACAACAAGUCCUGAGGCCCGUUGCCAUGGUUAUGAUCCCCCUCCCACCACCACCACCUCCACCGACUGAUGGACCGAUUACCUUUUAUGGACGCAGAAAGUGUUCCUGUGUUCCCUGUCUGGAGGGGGAUCCGAUCUUUUAAACAUUACUUCAUGUUUUUAUUUGCCCUAGAAGAAAAAAAAACUUUGGAGGACUUGGAGCUGGUAGCUGGGUCAAAUCGUUAAAAAUAUGUUUUAAAACAGAGAACUGAACUUCAGAUCCAAGUCCAGCCCAGGAACCAGAACUGGGUACCUCUGGUAAAACUGGAGGUAAUGUUGUUGAGCACCCAGAAAAGUUCCUGGAGAAGUAAAAGCGCCCUUUGUUCUUGGAAAACUUACGGAAUUUAUUAAUUAUUGGAAAUGUCCUGAGUUCUUAAAAAGGUUCCUGAGUUUUUGUAAAGUUUCAGGGCUCCAUACAAGAAUCCUGGAACAGUUUCUGAGUUCCUUAAAAUGCUCCUCUACAAAGUUUCUGGAUUCUAAGAUGUUGUAUAAAGACUUUCCUUAGUUUCAGCUUCCCAGACUCCAUAAAAAGGUUCCCUGAAACAUUUAUUGGAUUCUAAUAAAAGCUUUUGGAAGAGUUUUGCAGAUCCUAAAAAGGUUCCUUGGUUCUGGAAAAAGUUUCUGUAAUACUUAUUCAAAAAGUUUUUAACCCCUUAAAAGGACAUUGGGUUCCUGUAAUGCGGUUCUGUAAAUGUCCCUAAGGUUCUGGAAACAUUUCUGGGGUACUGGGUUCUUGCAGUCCUUUGUACCUAAAAAAGGUUCCUGGAAAAGUUCCUGAGUGCCUAAAUGUUUCCUGGAAAGGUUCUUAAAAUGGUACCUGUGUUCCUGGAAAAGUUCCUAAAAAGGUUCCAUGGUUUCCUGGAACAGUUCCUGAGCUCCUAAAAAUGUUUGAAAACAUUUCUUCCUAAAAAGGUUCCUGAAAUGAUUCAUGGGGUUCUGAAAAGGUUCCUGGAAAAAUUCCUGAGUGCCUAAAGGGUUCUUGGAAGGUUUUUUUUUUAACCUGUGUUCCUAGAAGAGUUUCUAAUGUUCUCAAAAGGUUCCAUGGUUUGCUGGAAAAGUUCCUGAGCUCCUAAAAAGCUUUAGGAAACAUUUCUUCCAUCAAAGGUUCUUGAAAUGGUUCUUGAGGCUUCAAAAAGGUUCCUGGUCUAAACAUACGUACCUGAGACUAUCCUACCUGAACCCAAAUGGAUCUGAGCAGAACCAGAACCCAGAAAAUGUUCCUGUGUUCAGUGUUUUCUGAUGUUCUAUGUUCAGUCAGUCGUAACUCUGUAACCCGACCCUCUGAGUGGCUGAAUGAAUAUUACGUCAUUAACAGACUGGAUUCCUGUCAGAGUCGGGAGUCCGUCUGAAGACCUUGACCUGGAUCAGAACUCCUUGACUGUAAACACUGACUGAGCUGGUUCUCCUGUCUAUCAUGAGACAGGAACCAGGACAAGAGGAACCCAAAUCCUUUCUGGAGGAAACAAUCAUGUGAACAUUAAAGUGUUAACUAUCCUGUAGCUGUUUCUCUAUAGAACAAAGAGACGUUAGAUUUAAAGGAACAGUCCAACAUUUCAGUAAACUUCCUGUUCUCUCUGCUGGAGUUCUACAGGGAGGCGUCCUGGGUCCUCUGUUCUUCUUCUUGAACCUUAUAGAGAUGUAAAGGAGCCCAUCAACAUGUAUUAAACACUGUUGUUCUUUUC